ACUCAACGCAGGCCUCGCCGCGCGCGCUGAUUGGUCGGACUGAGGUGGUGGGGGGCGUUACGCAAGCGCUGGGAAGUCCUGCAGCUCUCGCGGCGGCUAUGAGCAGCGCCCUCCUGCCGGCGACAGCUAGUCCAGUUCCCUCCUCUGGCAGCGACGCACCGUGUGCAGAGAACACCACCCCACAGCGACGCACCGUCUGCGCAGAACGCAACUCGACAGGAUGUGGUGGGUGUUUACGCUGAGCUGUUUGAUGGUGGUGGUGGCGAGUGCACGAGGACAGUGCCUGACUGCAGAUGACACGGCGGUGGGUGCGGGCCGUGAGGACCGGCGUGAGCUGUCGGCAGGCCAGCAGGCGUUCAGCGUAGCACUGCUGCAGCAGUUAGCUGCUGCACUGCCUGCCUCCAACCUCUUCUUCUCGCCCUACAGCACGCACCAGGCACUGCUGCUCGCAUACUUCGGUGCUGCCAACCAAACCGACGCCGCACUCCGACGUGCUCUCCGUGUCCCCCAACAGCAGAGUAAAGCAGCAACAUGGCAGGCCUACAGACUAGAGAAGUUCCUUCGCAAUUUCAACACUUCGGAUGGCCAUCUCUUCACCAGCUCAAACAGGGUAUACAUCUCCAACAAGCUCAAGAUGCGGCCAUGCCUUGCAGAGAAAUUUGACACUGAACUUGCAUCCAUUGACUACGAAACCAAUGUGGAGGCUGCACAAAAAGCCAUCAAUGCUUGGGUUUCUGAACAAACACAUGGACAGAUUAACAACCUGAUACAAGGUCUUUCUCCGGCUUCUACUGUUACACUGGUGAAUGCUGCAUAUUUCAAAGGAAAAUGGCAAUCACAAUUCCAGCCCGAAAACACCCACAAAGAAGUCUUUCAUAUCUCACAUUCAAAACAGGCUUUGGUUGAGAUGAUGAAACAAAAAGGAACAUUUAACUACAUGAUUUCUGAAAGGCUAGGAGCCCAUGUACUGGAACUGCCAUACAAAGGAGAGGAUAUUAGUAUGUUCAUUCUCUUGCCACCAUUUCUAAAGAGCAAUGGUGUGGAUGCAAUAAUUAAGCAACUGGAUGUGGACAGCCUGAGGGAAAUCACAGAACAAGAUGCCAUGUACCCACAGACUGUGGAAGUUGAAAUACCAAAAUUCACUGUGGAAAGCCGAAUUGAAAUGCAGCAGGUUUUUAAAGCCCUUGGAGCAGGUGAUGCUUUUGAGAAAACUGCUGAUUAUUCAGGGUUUACUGGUAAACCUGAAGUGUUCUUUAAUAGUGCCAUACACCAAGCAAAGAUAGAAGUGAAUGAAGAAGGAACGGAAGCUGCUGCUGCAACAGCCAUAUUCCUCUUCCGUUCAGCAAGGCCUCUUAAUCCAACAAAAUUCGUGUGCAACCAUCCUUUUGUGUACUUCUUGUUUGACCGUAUGUCACAAGCUGUUCUGUUUAUGGGUGUAUAUAGGUCACCAAAAAAUUAAAAGACUGAUUCAGCAAUCUCACUUUUGUCGUUAGUCACAAAUGCUAUUCUUCAUUAUUCUGAAAACCUCUGAUUGUAGCAGUGAUUAUAAUGUGAUAAGAUCAGCUCUGUGUUAAGAGUGCAGACAGAAAUAGUUUGUGAAGUACUGUAUACACACAAAAGCUUAUGUUGUCAUGACACUUUCUGUGCAGUACAUUACAAACUUUUUCACAUAUUGAAUGUACAGAGAUGUACUUUAAAAAGACUAAAAAUCUUUCUCUUUAUGUGUUAAACUCCAAAGAAAAUUUUCUAAGCUAUUGUACAAAGAAAUGGGAGAGUCUUACAACUUCCAUUUCAGUGGCGUUGUUCUGGAUGCAGAAACAAUUUAUUGUGACCCUGUAUUUCAGUGUGCAAUACUAAAGUGAAAUGGCAACUACUUUACUUUAGAGAAAAUUUGUAAACUGAGUUGGAUAUUUUCAUCUGUAUUUUAUUUUUGUCAUGCCAUAGAACCACUAAUACGUUCUCAUAUUUCUGUUAAUAAUCAUAAUUCAUUUCAUAGUUGGAUUUCACAUCCAUUUGUCAUUAUUCAUUUCACAGUCAUUAUUCAUUUCAUUCAUAAUUCAUUUCACAGUCACAAUCCAUUUCAUAUUCACAAUUCUUUUAUCUUUGUUGUAUUUUUCACUUCAGUCACUUCACAUUUCAUUGUCACCGGUGUUCUUAUUUAUUUAUAUUUGUUAAACAUAAACUAUAAAAUGUGGCAAAAAAUGUUGUUAUAAAAAUUACAAAACACUA